AGCCACUGAGAUUGAAGUUCAGUCUGCGCGAGCACUGCGUAACUGCGGCUUCAUCGAGACACUUCUUCGUUAACCGGCUUAAAAAAACAUCCUCCAAAAACCGACACCAUGGGCGUUGAAGGCGGCACGAAAUGUAUUAAAUACAUGCUCUUCUUCUUCAAUUUCAUCUUCUGGCUGGCUGGUUGUGUAAUCUUGGGGGUUUCACUCUGGCUUCGUCAUGACACUAAAACAAGCAGUCUUCUGGACCUGAGGUUUGAGGGCACAGAACCACCCAGCACCUUCUACGUCAGUGUCUACAUCCUGAUUGCUGUUGGCGCUGUGAUGAUGUUUGUUGGAUUCCUUGGUUGUUAUGGAGCCAUACAGGAAUCCCAGUGUCUUCUCGGAACAUUCUUUGCCUGCCUGGUAAUUCUGUUUGCCUGUGAGGUUGCUGCUGGAAUCUGGGGAUUCAUGCACAAAGACCAGAUCUCCAAAGAGAUGAUUAGUUUCUAUGACACUGUGUAUGACAGAGGCAAUGCAUUUUCAAUCGGACAAACUGAAAAACAGCAGGCUGCCGCUACUGUCUUGAAGGUGUUUCACGAGACUCUUCACUGCUGUGGCAAAGGAAACUCAUUGCUAGAUUUUGCUGAAAAGUGGCUCACAGACAUCUGUCCUGUAGAUUUGAAACUUAAGGCUGUAAGCUGUCACUCCAAGAUCAAAGAGCUAUUCUCAGAGAAGAUCUACCUGAUUGGCAUCGCUGCCCUGGUUGUUGCUGUAAUCAUGAUCUUCGAGAUGAUCUUCAGCAUGGUGCUCUGCUGCGGUAUCAGGAACAGCCCUGUUUACUGAAACACAGGGGCAAGAUAUGUCCUUUAAAAACAUCAGCCAAAAAAAAAAUCAUUUUGUUUUAUAUCUACCAUCUCCUAUUUUGUUUUGUAUCUACCAUCGUUUUAUAAUAUAGUCACUCUGUCCUGGUCCUAAAGUCUCAGAACAAUUUUUG